GGCGGCCCAGACGGGGGAGUCCCGCGGUGGCGGCGGUGGCGGCGCUGUUCCCCGCGCGGUCCGCGGAGCGGGGUCCGGGCUGCGCGACGUCGGGCGGCGGCGGCGGCGGCGGCGGCACUGCGGCCCCGGCCCGAGCCCGACUCCGGGUCCGGUCCCCGGCCGCCCCCCGCCCGCGGGCCGCCCCCCGGGCCCUGCGUCCCCUCCCCCGCCGGCGGGGCCCGGACAGAAGAUGGUGCACCGGAAAACAGCCGACGUCCAGCGCUUCCACCGUUCGUUCAAGGCACAGGACCCUUUGGAGCUGGCCUUGUCCCUAGAGCAGGCCCACCUGGGGGACACGGACUGCAGCCCGGAGCUCGAGGCCCGCCCCGACAUGCCCGCCAGCCAGCCCAUCGACAUCCCGGACGCCAAGAAGAGGGGCAAGAAGAAGAAACGGGGCCGCGCCACCGACAGCUUCUCGGGCAGGUUCGAAGACGUCUACCAGCUGCAGGAGGACGUGCUGGGGGAGGGCGCCCACGCCCGCGUGCAGACUUGCGUCAACCUCAUCACCAACCAGGAGUACGCGGUCAAGAUCAUCGAGAAGCAGCCGGGCCACAUCCGGAGCCGGGUCUUCCGGGAGGUGGAGAUGCUGUACCAGUGCCAGGGACACAGAAACGUUCUGGAGCUGAUCGAGUUCUUCGAGGAAGAGGACCGCUUCUACCUGGUGUUUGAGAAGAUGCGGGGCGGCUCCAUCCUGAACCACAUCCACCAGCGGCGGCACUUCAACGAGCUGGAGGCCAGCGUGGUGGUGCAGGACGUGGCCAGCGCCCUGGACUUCCUGCAUAACAAAGGCAUCGCCCACAGGGACCUGAAGCCCGAGAACAUCCUGUGUGAGCACCCCGACCAGGUGUCCCCCGUGAAGAUCUGCGACUUCGACCUGGGCAGCGGCAUCAAACUGAACGGGGACUGCUCGCCCAUCUCCACCCCGGAGCUGCUCACCCCGUGCGGCUCGGCCGAGUACAUGGCCCCGGAGGUGGUGGAGGCGUUCAGCGAGGAAGCGAGCAUCUACGACAAGCGCUGCGACCUGUGGAGCCUGGGCGUCAUCCUCUACAUCCUGCUCAGCGGCUACCCGCCCUUCGUGGGCCGCUGCGGCAGCGACUGCGGCUGGGACCGCGGCGAGGCCUGCCCGGCCUGCCAGAGCAUGUUGUUCGAGAGCAUCCAGCAGGGCAAGUACGAGUUCCCCGACAAGGACUGGGCGCACAUCUCGCUCGCCGCCAAAGACCUCAUCUCCAGGCUGCUGGUGCGGGACGCCAAGCAGCGGCUGAGCGCCGCGCAGGUCCUGCAGCACCCGUGGGUGCAGGGGUGCGCCCCCGAGAACACCCUGCCCACGCCCAUGGUCCUGCAGAGGAACAGCUGUGCCAAAGAUCUCACGUCGUUCGCGGCCGAGGCCAUGGCGGUGAACCGGCAGCUGGCCCAGCGCGAGGACGCGGCCGAGGCGGCCCCGCCCGUGGUCAUCCGAGCUACCUCACGCUGCCUGCCGCUGUCGCCGCCCUCCGAGUCCCAGCUGGCCCAGCGGCGGCAGCGCGCCAGCCCGGCGGCCGGCGUGGUGCUGGUGGGCGACCGCGGCUGAGCCGAGCUGCGGGCCGGCGGUGUGUGUUUGUAGGAUUUUGCUGUUGGGUUUGCCCCUUUUCCCGUUUCUCCCCGCCUCGCACCCCGUUUCCCCUUUCCACGGUGUCAAAGCCAGCCGCGCCGGCGAGAGCAAGGGCGCCUACUGUGAAGCCCCGCCCCCGGCCGCCCCGGCCGCCCCCAGGUGGAUGGGACGGUGGCCCCCGGCCUGGUCGGGGCGGCGCCCCCGCUGCCCGCCCUCAGCCCCCGGCCGCCUGGUCCCGGGAGAGUUGACAAUCCAGGCUUCCUCCGAGGCCCCUGACCUUGACCUUGACCUUAAACUGCAGCUGACCUUGGGGACUCCCACCCCCACCCUGCCUGGGGCCGCCCCGCGGUGGAGGGGGUGGACAGCCGCCUGUCAGCGACACGGGGGCCCCGCAGUGCCCCUUCUCAGGGCUCCGUCUGACCGCGGCCACGUCCGGCCCGGGCCCCACGGGCAGCUGCGCGCUGUCCACCUUCAGGAAAAUCGGCCUCGGCCUGGGCCGCCCCGGGAGUGCAGGGCCCCCCAGCCGGGGCGGCCGGCCGCGGACCGCGGUGAAAACUAUGCAAUCCGAGCUCCCCGCUGCGCGUGCGCGGUCCGGGUCGGCCGUCGUGUUUAGUUUUAAAAAAAAAACACCAACAAAAAAAAAAAGCAAAACCAGGAGACCUGGGCUGACUUGGCGUCCCUGUUGUCGGUACUUGAGCGUCGGCGGGCCUGGCCGGCGGCCCGCGGAGCCGGGCGGAGGAGGCCGAGGGUCGGACGCCCGGCACGGCGGGGACCGAGCACUUUACCGCGCGGGCUUUUGUAUCCGUUUUGUACGCAUUUAAUAAAAGUCAACGCAAACCUG